AUGAACUCUGCAUCCAAGAGUUUACUGAGUGGUAUUGCAUUUGCUUCUACUGCUUUUGAUGUUUGGACGGAUCUAAAAGAAAGAUUCGAUAGAGUAGAUGAUUCUAGAACUUAUAGUCUACACAAAGAUAUAGCUUCACUACAGCAGGGUACUGUUUCUGUUUCUAUGUAUUAUACAAAAUUGAAAAGCUUGUGGGAUGAGUUUGAAGUGUUGGUGCCAUCGCCUUGUUGUAAUUGUGAAAUAUCCAAAGGUUUUAUUGCUCAUAUGAAUAGGCAGAAGUUGUAUCAGUUUCUAAUGGGUUUAAAUGACUCCUAUCAUCAAGCAAGAAGUCAAAUCUUGAUGAUGGAUCCAUUACCAUCAAUUAACUAUGCCUAUGCUAUGAUAGUAGGUGAUGAGAGUCAAAAGGCUAUAGUUAGUGGUGUUAAAAGCAUUUCAGCUGCUUUGGAGUCAGUUGCUCUAUAUUCUAAAGCAAGUACCAGCUCCAAUGUAAGUCAGAAAUUGAAAAGAAACACAUUGUUGAUAUGUGAUUUUUGCAAAUGUAAGGGCCACAACAAAGAAUUUUGUUACAAGAUUGUAGGCUAUCCUCCUGAUUUUAAGUCCAAAAGGAAAGUGCAAGGAACUUCUCCUACAUAUGGUAAUACUGGUAGUAACAACUACAGUCAGGCACAAUCAACUCGUGCAAAUCUCACCUAUGGAAUAAACACCAAUGUUCCUCCACCAGGAUGGGGGAAUGUACCUGAGCAGUAUCAAUCUUCAUCAGAGAUUCAACUCCUAGUGUUAAUAGAACAGUGA